CACAACGCAAUACUGUACGACUCUCCCCUCUCCUCGAGAGACCACUUCCGUCUCCUCUUACCCCGCUGUGCUAAUUGAAGGAUGAGAAGGACAGCGAACAUGGGUUUCUCUUCCGUGAUCCGGCGCGGACUUUCGCCAAGACUUCCAUCCCCUUGGCGAUCGCUCCACGAAGGGCCCGACACGAUUGACGAGCUCCUCGACCGCCACCUCGUCAAGAAGAGCCCCAAGGACAACGACGAGGACGACGAGCUCGCGGCCCAGCGGAGGCUCACGAGCACGCGGCGGGAGGCGCUGUCCCUCUACCGCGACGUCCUCCGGGCCUCUCGCUUCUUCGCCUGGUCGGAUGCUCGCGGCGUCCCCUGGCGAGAGGUCCUCCGGGAGAACGCCCGCCGCGAGUUCGAGGAGGCGCGCUUCGAGCGCGAUCCAGAGGUCGUCACCCGGCUGCUCAUCGGCGGCCGCGACGCGGUCCAGAAGGCCCUGGACAAGCUCGUCGAAGGCAGCAAGAAGAGGGUCGAGGCGGAGGAGCAGCAGCGAAGGGAUGGCGGCGGGAGAUGAUAGAUGGGCUUCAGAGAGAGAUAGAGAUCCAAGAAAGGGAAAUAUCUCUUGCUUUGUUGCCGUUGCAGGUGCAAUUGGAUCAGUGCUACUAUUUAUUUGUCUCAGCCAAACCAUAGGGGACAUCUACUGGAAUCUGGGUCCCCUACAGACCUGUAUGGUAAGCUGUCUGCUACUAGUAUCUUGUGUGUGUCAGUCACUAGGAUAGUCACACAGUCAUGCUACCACAAUACAUACACAAGAUUGGUUGGUUCUCUAAUGGGCAAUGGAGUAGUAGUGGCCACAACAAUGCUACCUCAACCAAUGAAUGAUACAGACAUAGAACAGUCUUAAGAGCCACGAACAGUGCUACCACAAUCGAUGAAUGAUGCAUACAGAUGUAGAACAGUUUUUCAAGUAUUGGAAUGACUUUUUUAUCUGGUGCUCUUUGGGUCCUCAGCGUAAGAAAAUAUUCUUGAAAAGAUGUGUCAAAAAACAGACAUACAUGUUGUUGUUGACUAGAUUAUUAGUCUGAAGCCUAUCAAAAUUGUGCUCUUUAUUUA